UCAUCUGCCAAGUUCGAAUAUCAAAUUCAAAUCAACACGUCAAUGAUGCACGCAGAAUUCAGAAUUUUAGAUUCCAAAAAAAGUGUAUAAUACAUAUAUUGUUUUAUAUAAAACGAAACGAAUUUUCAUUUGACAAGGUCGUAUUGUGACAGAAAAGCUUCACCAGCAAUAAAUAUUCAAUUCAGGGGUGUAUAAUAUUAUUAUAAAUUUUAGAAAUGACUUUCAUACCUAGCUGGGAAGAGUUUGAAAAAUCGGCAGAAAUGUUGUAUUUACGUGAUCCGAAAAACACACGUUACAGUAUCAAAUACUCACAUUCAAAAGGAGUAUUUCUUGUGAAAAUCACUGAUAACAAAAAGUGUCUUCAAUAUAAAACUGAAGUUCAACAAGAUGUGAGAAAAAUAGACAACUUCAUUUCAAAUUUAAUCAGACAUAUGGCCUCUAAUGAAGUAUAAGCAAUAAAAAAGGAACUUAAAAA